AUGGCAUCGUCGGAAAAGCGAUGCUUGUACGAAGUCCUCGAACUCGGCCUCGACUGCUCGGCUGACGAAAUACGGUCGGCGUACCGGCGGCUGGCGCUUCAGCGCCACCCCGACAAGCUCGUCCGAAGUGGCGUCCCAGAAGCGGAGGCCACGGCCGCCUUCCAGGAGCUCGUCAACGCUUACGAGGUCCUAUCCGACCCACGAGAGCGAGCCUGGUACGACUCGCACCGGAACCAAAUCCUUUUCUCCUCGACCUCCGCCGCCAGUGGGUCGUCGGGUUUCGUGCCCGAUUUGUUUUCGUUCUUCUCAAAUUCGGUCUAUAAUGGGUAUUCGGACUCGGGGCGGGGCUUCUACAAGGUUUAUGGGGAUCUGUUUGACAAGAUUUAUGCCAAUGAGUUAAAUUUCGCUAAGAAAUUAGGGCUGGCAUUGCCGAGGGAAGCUCCGGUGAUGGGCCGUUUGGAGAGUCCUUAUGCUCAGGUCACAGCAUUUUAUAACUACUGGUUAGGUUUUAUUACCGUGCUGGACUUCUUUUGGGUGGAUGAAUAUGAUGCUAUGGCUGGACCAAACAGGAGAUCAAGGAGGAAAAUGGAGGAGGAGAAUAAGAAGUUGAGGAAAAAAGCUAAGAGAGAGUAUAAUGAGACAGUGAGGGGACUGGCAGAGUUUGUAAAGAAGAGGGAUAAGAGAGUAAUUGAUAUGAAAUUAAAGAGGAGUGCGGAGAUGGAGAGGAAGAGAGAGGAGGAGAUACAGAAAAAGAAAGAGUUGGAGAGAGAGAAAGCAGAGAAAGCUAGGAACUAUGAGGAGCCUGAGUGGGCCAAGGUAGAGGUAAUUGAAGACGACGAGGUCGAGGAUGUGGUGGAGGAGAAGAGAAAUGAGUUUUAUUGUGUAGUUUGCAGCAAGAAAUUCAAGAGCGAUAAACAAUGGAAGAACCAUGAGCAGUCUAAGAAGCACAAAGAGAAAGUGGCGGAAUUGAGGGAAGCAUUUAGCGAGGAAGAUAAAGAAUAUGAAGCUGCAACUGAAGGGAACAGAAGUGAAGCAGAUGAUGAAAACGAUGUUGGUUAUUUGUCAGCUGAUGAGGAGGUAAAUGAGUUGCGGGAGCAAUUUGAGAGAAAUGUUGGUAUUCAAGAAAAUAUCAGUGAUGAUGGGCAGACUAAAUCCAGUAUGGCAAACAAAUUUUCUGUUAUUGAUGACGAAGAUGAUGAUAAAAAUAGCAAUAAUGAAGAAAUUGUAGAUGACAAUGAGAUGAGCAUCCUUGAAGCUAUGUUGUCUGGGCAUAAAAGCAGGAAAAAGUUGGGCAAUUGGCCUAAGGCUCCAGCUAACGAAGUUGAAGAUAGCAGUGAAUUGGAGUUUAUGGAGUAUAAUGACACAAAGGGUUCACGGAGGAAUAGAGGUGGCAGGAGGAGGAGGGGUGAAGCUCAAGAAGAAGAAAAAGAACAAGUGGAAACUAUGAAAACAAAUGUGGCAGAAAAAAGUGGUGUGCCUGAGGAACAUGAUGAGGAAGUUGAUGAUGCUGGGGAGCCCAGUUCUCAUUCCUUACCAGAAUCUGGGACUAAGAGAGCAGAUCAUAAAAUAGAAAGGAAGAAUAAACGUUUGCAGAAUGCUGCAAAAAAGAAAGAUCCAACAAAGAAGGAAAGUGUUUCCAAGCAGAAAGCUGCAUCAAAAGGAAGAAAAGAAAGGGUAGCUACAAAUGGUUCUGACAACACGUGUGAGAAGUGCGGAGAACAAUUUGAAACAAGGAACAAACUGCAUAAACAUUUGGGGGAGACUGGACAUGCUUCACUAAGAUACCAGUGA